AUGUCCCUAGGGAGCGAGAGCACGGAAGACGCAAACCUGAAGCGGAUUACUGGAAUGACUGGUGUCUCUACAAAGCACAGAGGUGCUUCCACACUCAUGAACAUUUUCUCGACAAAGAGACUGCAGGUGCUGCUACUCAUCACGCUGCUCGCGCACCUCACCUGUGAUGCUGAGGGUGUGGCCAACUGCUGCACUCGUAAGCCGGGGGCUUGUCGGCUCUUUGAUCUCCUGUGCCGCGAUGGCUACAAGAACAGCACCGACAUGGCAAAGCAGAUCGGUCUUCUGACAAACGAUGCUUCCGCAGGGAUCCUAACUCUCGGUAAACGGAGGGAGGGUGAGCGUCGAUUUCAAAACCGACUGCAGCAGCUCCUGCACGGCUCGCGCAACCCAGCGGCGGGAAUCCUGACAAUGGGGAAAAGGUUGGAACGUCCUCUCAAGUAUCUGAUAAACCCGAAUAAAAUGCCUGACAGGGGUUCGUAUCGACGGCGAUGA